UUAAAACAGCAACGUCCAGUCGUCCACCUCCUACCUUCUUCAACUCACUGCAUUCUCUCCAGUCGCCAUUUUUCACUUCAUUUCCUCUGAUCUCUCCCAAAAUCUGCACAUAUACGCACCCAAUCUAUGGCCGCCAUGGAUCCCGUCUCACAAUGGGGCAACACGGCGCUAUCCACCGUGGACCCGGAGAUCCACGACCUGAUCGAGAAGGAGAAGCGCCGCCAAUGCCGCGGCAUCGAGCUCAUUGCUUCCGAGAACUUCACCUCCUUCGCCGUGAUCGAGGCCCUCGGGAGCGCCCUAACCAAUAAGUACUCGGAGGGCAUGCCCGGCAACCGUUACUACGGAGGCAACGAAUUCAUUGACGAAAUCGAGAAUCUAACCCGCACCCGCGCCCUCCAGACCUACCGCCUUGACCCCGCUAAGUGGGGCGUCAAUGUGCAGCCCUACUCAGGUAGCCCCGCCAAUUUCGCUGCCUAUACCGCGGUGCUCAACCCGCAUGAUCGGAUCAUGGGCUUGGAUUUGCCUUCCGGUGGGCACUUGACUCAUGGAUACUAUACCUCUGGGGGGAAGAAGAUCUCCGCUACCUCGAUUUACUUCGAGAGUUUGCCCUAUAAGGUGAACGCCACCACAGGGUAUAUUGAUUACGAUAAAUUGGAGGAGAAAUCCUUGGAUUUCAGACCUAAACUGAUCAUUUGUGGCGGCAGUGCCUACCCGAGGGACUGGGACUACAAGAGGUUGAGAGAGGUUGCUGAUAAAUGUGGGGCGCUUUUGCUCUGUGAUAUGGCUCACAUUAGUGGCCUCGUUGCUGCUCAGGAAGCUGCUGAUCCUUUUGAGUACUGUGACUUGGUCACUACCACCACUCACAAGAGUUUGAGGGGUCCUAGAUCAGGUAUGAUAUUCUACCGGAAGGGCCCUAAGCCACCAAAGAAGGGCCAACCAGAGGAUGCAACUUAUGACUUUGAAGACAAGAUCAAUUUUGCAGUUUUCCCUUCUCUCCAGGGCGGUCCCCACAAUCACCAGAUUGGCGCUUUAGCUGUUGCCCUGAAACAGGCAAUGACCCCUGGCUUUAAAGCCUAUGCUAAGCAAGUCAGAGCUAAUGCAGUUGCUGUUGCAAAGUACUUGAUGAGCAAAGGGUACAAUAUUGUCACUGGUGGGACUGAGAACCAUCUAGUUCUAUGGGAUCUUCGCCCUCUUGGUUUGACAGGUAACAAAGUCGAAAAACUCUGUGACCUAUGCAACAUAACUGUGAACAAGAAUGCAGUGUUUGGUGACAGUAGUGCUUUGGCCCCUGGAGGGGUUCGAAUUGGUACUCCUGCAAUGACAUCAAGGGGGUUGGUUGAGAAGGACUUUGAGCAGAUUUCAGAGUUCCUUCACAGAGCAGUGACCAUCACCUUGAGCAUCCAGAAGGAGCAUGGGAAACUGUUGAAGGACUUCAACAAAGGCCUUGUUAACAACAAGGAAAUUGAACAACUCAAGGCUGAUGUUGAGAAGUUUUCUUCCUCCUUUGACAUGCCAGGCUUCAAAAUGUCUGAAAUGAAGUACAAGAACUAGCUAGGAACUCUCUUCAUCAUUUUUCUAUCUUUUACUACUUAGAGCUCAACAAAAUAAAGUAACUCUAGUUAAUUCUAGUUGAUUGAGAGAACAAUAAUGUUUUAACAUAGAUUAGUGAUCCCAAUUUUUGUAA